AUGUCUACUUCAAAUUUACUGAAUAAUUCCUUUGACGAUAGCGACGAAGAGGACGAUAAUUUCAAUCCCCAACCUGCGGAUCUUUCAGACAACGAAGAUGAAGGCCACCACACAGCCAGCGCGCAAAGACAAAAUGAUGCUUCGCGUCAUCAAGUAGGAGAUGAUGAUGGCUCUGAGGAUGAUUCCGCCCCAACAGGCGGUAGGAAACACAGCUCCGGCGGCGUGGAAGAAGAUGAUGAAGAUGAUGAAGGCGAGGGAGAGGAUACUGCUCCAGGUGCCCAUGAUGAUGACGAUGAAGAAGAUGAAGAUGACGAAGAAGAAGAAAUUACGGGACACCGCCGCAAACGCCGCAGAGACCGUCGCAAUGUUUUCCUCGAUGUCGAAGCCGAGGUGGAUGAGGAUGAGGAUGAAAAUGAGGACGACGAGGAUGAAUUGAACGAAAUGAAGGAUACUUUCAUUGCUGACACCCAUCCGGAUGACAUGGCAGACCUUCCCGAUGGCGGGGAGACGGAUGACAGACGUCACCGAGAUUUGGAUAGAAGACGCGAAAUGGAGGCAAGUCUUGAUGCGGAAAAACAAGCCGAGAUUUUGCGACAACGAUAUGCGAAUAAGGGUCGAUCCUCAAGAGGCACCGGAGAAUCGGCGGUCGUUCCAAAACGUCUUUUACUUCCUAGUGUCGACGAUCCUAGUAUCUGGGCUGUACGAUGUAAAGAAGGAAAAGAAAGAGAGGUCAUUUUCUCGAUCAUGAAGCGCAUCGAGGAGAGAGCUGGUACCAAAGAGGAACUUGCGAUUACUUGCGCUUUUGAGCGUGGUGGAACACAAUCUACGAUGAAGGGAUUCAUUUAUGUUGAAGCUCAACGACAAGCGGAUAUUUUGACUGCUAUGGAUGGCCUUAUGAAUGUCUAUCCUCGAACAAAGAUGAUGCUGGUUGAGAUCAAGGAAAUGCCAGAUCUUCUUAGGGUUACGAAGAGUCCAACUAUAGAAGUCGGAGCUUAUGUACGACUAAGGCGUCCAGUAAAAUAUGCGGGUGAUCUUGCUCAAGUGAUUGAAGUCACUGAUACUGGUCUCGAACUUCGUGUCCGAUACGUACCUCGUCUCGAUUAUGGUCUUCAUGAGGAUUCCAGUGUAGCAGCAGAUGGAAAGAGAAAGCGCCCAGUCGCUGGACCGCGUCCACCUCAACGACUUUUCAGUGAAGCUGAAGCUAAGAAACGACAUGCAAAACAUUUGCAGGGCCGACCGGACACCAAAGUCUGGAACUACUUCAAUGAUGAAUAUGUCAAUGGAUAUUGCGAGAAGGAUGUCAAAAUCCAGGCCCUUAUCACUAAAGAUGUUAACCCAACCCUCGAGGAAGUUACAAGAUUUGCAUCUGGUGCUGAAGAUGGAACCGAAAAUUUGGAUCUAAAUGCACUUGCUGCUAGCUUGAAAGCAAGCACGGCCAAUGCUUCCUACCUACCUGGUGACGUUAUUGAAGUGUACGAGGGUGAACAGAAAGGUGUUAUUGGUAAAGCAGUAUCUGUUACAGGUGAUAUUGUUACAAUGGCUGUAUCUCAAGGAGCAUUGAGGGGUCAAACUAUCGAAAUUCCUAUCAAGGGUCUACGCAAACGUUUCCGUGAAGGUGAUCACGUGAAAGUGAUUGGUGGUAGUAGGUUUAGGGAUGAAGUUGGUAUGGUCGUCAAGAUCAUCGAGGAUCGUGUCACUUUGCUGAGUGAUCAGGGCAAUAAUGAAAUUACUGUUUUCAGCAAAGAUCUUCGGGAAGCAAGCGAUUCAGGUGGCAGUGGUGCGUUAGGAAAAUACGAACUUUGGGACUUAGUUCAAUUAGACCCCGCUACUGUCGCUUGUAUCAUCAAAGUUGACCGCGAGUCACUUGUCGUUCUUGACCAGAAUGGCACGAACCGAACCGUCAUUCCAUCUCAAAUCUCCAACAGGCUUGAGAAGCGAAAGAACGCCGUAGCAACAGACCGCAAUGGCGCCGAAAUUAAGAUUGACGAUGGUGUAAAGGAAUUCGGGGGGGAGAGUAGAUCUGGCAAAAUCCUACACAUUCAUCGAGCCUAUCUCUUCUUGAAGAGUUCGGAAUUGAGCGGGAAUGCUGGUAUAUUUGUGGCACGAACGACCAGCGUUCAAAGCGUUUCUGCUAAGGGAGGACGAAUCGCCGGCAGCGUUGCACCUUCACCGGAUCUUAGCUCUAUGAAUCCGGCAAUGAAGCUUAAUCCCAAGAACAAUGGCACAAUGCUUCCACCGAAAUCAUUUGGUCGUGAUAAGUCUAUUGGACAGACUGUGACAAUUCGAAGAGGCCCUUACAAGGGCUUACUCGGUAUUGUCAAAGAUACCACAGAUACCAGUGCCAGAGUAGAGUUACAUACAAAGAGCAAGGUGAUCAGUGUUCCUUUAGACGGUUUAGGAUUCAAAGACAAGGUCAGUGGGGCAUCGAUAGAUCCAAAUGGUUUCCGAGGUGGUCCUGGUGGUGGUAGAGGAGGAGCUCCAAGAGGUCGUGGUGGGUUUGGAGGUGCUACCCCUGGACCGGGUUGGGAUGCGGGUGCAGGUGGACGAACGCCAAUGCCAGGUGGUCUUCCUGAGCGUACUCCAGCUUGGGGAAGAACCCCUCACGGUGGUGCACAAGGAGGUGGACGAACACCUGCUUGGAAGUCUGGCCCCACCGAUGGUGGACGGACGCCUGGUUGGGCGAAUGAUGGAUCUCGAACUGUUUAUGCGAAUGACGGUAGCCGGACAGCCUAUGGAGGGGGCAAUAGAACUCCUGCCUGGUCAUCUGGUGCUAAAACUCCAGCUUAUGGCUUAUCAGAUAAUUAUGGAUCUAAAACUCCCGCAUAUGGCGGUAGCGGUAAUGCCGGAGAUGCGUGGGGUUCAAAAACUCCAGCUUAUCAACCAAAUAAUUCCAACGACAACUGGAACUCGGCUCAACCUAGUAACAACAAUUGGGGAUCGGGUUACGAUGCUCCAACACCCGGUGGUCCUCUAUCGGCACCUACACCAGCUGCAAUGAAUGCUCCUACGCCAGGUGGAUAUUCCGCUCCUACACCAGCUGCCAUGAACGCACCAACUCCCGGAGCUUAUUCGGCGCCAACGCCAGCUCCAGGUUACUGGGGGGCUCCAACACCUCAAGCUAUGGAUGCGCCAACCCCAGGACAAGGAUAUUAUGCAGGAGCUCCCACGCCAGGUGCUUAUGCAGCGGAAACCCCAGCAGCGAACUGGCAGGAUGAUGGACCUAGAUACGUGGAUUAA